AUGGGAGUUUACGAAUAUUUGCAAGGAGCUGCGGUGGGCGCCUGGAUAUUUGCCGCACACCGCAGGCGGCAGGAAAGCCGCCUGCGGCACAUAGUUCGGAAGGAGGCUCUGCUGCCUUUGUCGGAGAAGUUCACUGAUAAUCAGGGUAGCAAGAGAAGCAGUGCGAGUGCGAAUCAACCUGCGCCGAGUCCCUCAGUGGUGAUUCCAUGGGUCUUUCAAGAGGUGGCCGAGUCUCUGAACGAAAUGGAUUACUUCAGAAGAAGCGUCAUGCUAGAGAAGCACGCCUCCCGCUUGAGGCUUUGCUGGCAAAAACACGGUGCAGAAUUUCCGAAGACGUUUGCUGCGGAGCUACUCCGGUUGCCGGGCACAGAUGUGUGGGAGACGGGCCGGGAUCCCUCUGAAGAAACGGGACCGGAUUCAGAGGAUGAUAUCGCGGAAGAGAACCAAAAGAGCGUGCUCCUCACCUUCUUUCUGAACACCUUCGCUGCCGAGGAUGAACAUACCGCAAAUUUGAGAAUCAAACGGGGCUCAACAGAACUCUGGCGCCCAGUUCUGGAAGAGAUCAAACGGGCAUCGGUGAACAAAGGACCGGAUUGGACGUCCCCAAAGGCCGCGCAAUUCCGCGCAAAAGUGCUGCAACUGAUGGUUAAAUUGGAGGCUGCCGGGGAAAGCUGUCACCUUUGGAGUCUCGGAUAUUGCCACUCGUACUACGAAUAUGAGAGGGGCCACGUGACCAAGAAUGCAAUAAAACUGAUGGGCACGCUGGAAGAGGUGAGAGAGAAGAUUGCGGGAGUGGAAAGAGACGCGGCCAAGGUGGCGAUGGAAGCGAAGAAAGAGCCCAUCAAGGCGUCCCUCAAGCCGGCGCCGUGGGAGGUGGAUUGA